GGGCGGGAGCGGGCACUCGGGAGCGAGGACCCGGAGGCCUGAUGGCAGCGAGUUGAUGUGCUUUGUAGAGAGAAGAAAUCCCCUAUGUGCUUUAAACGCGCAGGGGAAAAUCACUGUAGAGAAGGGAGAUGCGAGAAAAGGGUUAAUGAUUGCUUCCACCUCCCCCUCUUCCCCCCUGCUUGGAUAAAGAUGGUCUUGGAUACCCUUUGUAAAUAGGAAUGUGGAGGUGGGAGGGGAAAAUCUGCCCGACUCCGUCUACUAUGUCGUGUCGGUGCCAUCAGAAGCCAGAAAAAUAAGCUGAGGAGAGAGAAAUAAGAAAAGACGGAGGAGAUGGGGUAUCUGUAACUCUGAGUUGUGCUUUCUGAACAAAGAAAGGGGCCCAAAAACUUGCCUGAAAGGCUGAGUUAUCAUCAAACCAAGGAAGAAUUUCUAUCUUAAAGCCCUUGCAAGAUAGGAACACUAUAAAAGUUAACAGGCAGGACCAUUUGAAAACAAACAUGGAUGACUAUGAUAUCAGGUCUGCUGCCAGCAUUUUAGCAUCUGUUAAAGAGCAAGAAGCUCGUUUCGAGCGGCUUACCCGUGCACUUGAGGAAGAACGGCGCAAUGUCUCCUUGCAACUUGAGCGUGCCAAUCAGCCUGCAGACCGAAUGAGCAUUUGCAACAUUGGCAAUGGUCAGCCACUGGCAACCGCCUGGCAGCAGCUUGUACUGCAGGAACAAAGCCCCAGUAACCAGACAUCAAUAGCAAUGAUGCAAGAGCCUCAAGAAAUGGUGGAAGAGACAGUUACUGUGGAGGAAGACCCAGGCACGCCCACUUCCCAUGUGUCUAUUGUCACUUCUGAAGAUGGAACCACAAGGAGAACUGAAACCAAGGUUACUAAAAUGGUCAAAACAGUCACCACCAGAACAGUGCGUCAGGUGCCCCUUGGGCCUGAUGGCCUGCCAUCAAUGGAUGGCUCAUCUCCCAUGGGCAGCUACACAGAUUCAAUAGACAGAAGGUACAUGAAGAAUGGGGAGCGGUACAUCACGCCACAAGCAUCGUCCACGUUAACCAGAUCUUUCAACAGCUACAACGAUUCUUACCCUGAAAGCCACGAAGGCCAGUAUCGCCCUUAUAUUGGUCACGAUGGCUACGGAGAUCUAUCUGAUAACUACGGCAGCUUGUCUCGUGGUGUCAACUACCGUCCUCGCUACGCCUAUGUGCCAGGAAACAGUUACAGGCCAGAUGAUGGUAGCUUCACUUUGCCAAGCAGAAGGGACAACUAUGGUCCUAUUGCCCAGCCUCAGGUGCCAGUGGGUAGCAAUGUUGACUUAAACCGCUCUCAGCCAGAACGUUUCCAGCCAGAGCCCUAUGGACUGGAAGAUGAUAACCGCAGCCUUGGAGUAGAUGAUGAAGGGUAUGAACUGGAUCCUGAUUACUCCACUGUGAACCGGAGGACAUCUGCAGGUGUGCCAGAGAGAGGGAGACCUCACAAAGGAAGGGGCUACGAUGACCCCAUCGAGACAGAGAUGGUUGAAGAGAGGAUACCUUACCUUCAUGGUGGCUACGCAGCACCACUGGCACAGCCAGAGAGGGGAAGCAUGGCUAGCAUUGACCGUCUGGGGAAGCGCUCCCCCUCUAUUGACAGCAUCCGUAAGGACCCCAGGUGGAGGGACCCUGACCUCCCCGAAGUAAUUGCCAUGCUCAGCCACCCUAUUGAUCCCGUCAAGUCUAACGCCGCAGCCUACUUGCAGCACUUGUGCUAUGAGAAUGAUAAAAUCAAAAAGGACGUGAGGCACCUGAAAGGGAUCCCCAUCUUGGUGGGCCUGCUUGAUCAUCCAAAGCCAGAGGUCCAUCGUAAAGCCUGUGGGGCUCUCCGAAACAUCUCCUAUGGGAAAGAUAACGAAAACAAGGUGGCUAUAAAGAACUGUGAUGGGAUCCCUGCCUUGAUCAGACUGUUGCGAAAAACAAAUGACAUGGAAGUCAGAGAGCUAAUUACAGGCACCCUGUGGAAUUUAUCCUCCUAUGAGCCCCUGAAGAUGGUCAUCAUCAACCAUGGUCUGCAGACACUUACCAAUGAGGUGAUUAUACCUCAUUCAGGUUGGGAAAGUGAGCCAAAUGAGGACUCAAAGCCUCGUGAUGCUGAGUGGACAACUGUCUUCAAGAACACUUCUGGUUGCUUACGGAACGUAAGUUCAGAUGGAGCAGAAGCACGGAGAAGACUAAGAGAGUGUGAUGGGUUGGUGGAUGCCCUCCUUCAUGCUUUACAGUCUGCGGUUGGCAAGAAGGACACAGACAAUAAGUCUGUGGAGAACUGUGUGUGCAUCAUGAGGAACCUUUCGUAUCAUGUCCACAAAGAGGUCCCUGGAGCUGAAAAGUACCAAGAACUAGAUGCCAAUCAGAUUACAAGCAGUGGAGGCUCUCAGAAGAAGAAGAAAGAUGAUGCUGGUUGUUUUGGUGGGAAAAAAGCUAAAGGAAAGAAGAAUGGAGACUUGGACAGGAAUUUUGAUACACUUGAUUUGCCUAAGAGGUCUGAAGCAGCAAAAGGCUUUGAAUUACUGUACCAGCCAGAUGUGGUCCGACUGUACCUCUCCAUCCUCACAGAAAGUCAGAACUUCAACACUCUGGAAGCUGCAGCAGGUGCUUUGCAGAAUCUCAGUGCUGGCAACUGGAUGUGGUCUACAUACAUCCGUGCAACAGUGCGGAAGGAGAGAGGUUUACCAGUGCUGGUGGAGCUGCUCCAGUCUGACUCUGACAAGGUUGUGAGGGCUGUGUCCAUUGCCCUGAGAAACCUUUCCAUGGAUCGUCGCAAUAAAGAUCUUAUAGGUAGUUAUGCCAUGGGUGAGCUGGUAAGAAAUUUGCCCAGCAGGCAGCAGAGAUCUGCAAAGAACCUGGAAGAGGAUACUGUGGUUGCAGUGUUGAAUACCAUCCAUGAAAUCAUUACUGACAGCUCAGAAAAUGCAAGGUCUCUGAUCCAGACACAGGGCAUUCAGAAGCUGGUAGCUAUCAGCAAGUCAAGCCAGUCUCCCAGAGAAACAAAAGCAGCAUCUCACGUUCUUCAGAUGAUCUGGAGCUAUAAAGAACUACGAAACGCCCUACAGAAGGAUGGCUGGAACAAAUCACACUUCCAGUCUGUUUCUGCAGCUCCAAAGGGUUCCAAAGGUACUGCUGGCAGGUCUGGCUAUGAUGACAGCACUUUGCCUUUGGUGGAUAAAAGUCAAGAUAACGAGAAGGCUGGGAGUCGUGAUAUGAUACCUAUGGAUGAACUUGGCCCAGAUGGGUACUCCACCAUCGAUCACCGGGACAAGGAGCGCAAAUACAAGACCAGUGAUAACACAGGGGAUGCCUCGGAGAAAGAACCUUUAAAAAAUGACACAAAUAGGAAAAACAUUAACAGGAGUAACAGGGCUUCGGUGAAUCUGGUGGAUGCCCGUGACAUUAAACCCCAGCCUGUUGACUCCUGGGUCUAAUUUGCAUGCAUGGGCUAGAGUCCAACCACAUUAUUUUGUAAUUGAGGGGGAGAAACAAACAUUGAAUCGACACAGAGGAUCUCAUCAGUCACCACUGCCAUUCAGAUUCGGAGGGCGCUGCAUCACUGGCCAGGCUGCAGAUUCCAGGAGGGUGUGGGGAGAAGACAGCUGCCUGCCAUUGCCAACCCUGGAGCACCAUGCCUUACAGCAAGACAGAUUGCUUUUGAACUCAGUUACAUUCCCACCCAGGAAUAGCCACCACCUCCCCCUCUCUCCCACUCCUGCAAGAAGAAAGCAAGCAAGAAAAAGAGAACCCAAGCUUCCGUCUAGCUGGCUGCCUUCUAGGGUGACUUUUAGGUGUGGAUGGUGCCAAGUAUGAGAAGUGGAGGUCACGUGGCAGCAAAGACAACAGCUUCACAAGUGAAACUGCAGAGUAUUUGAGAUGAUAUCGUAGGUGUAGCCAUGAACAGAACUGGUUUGGGGCUCGUUGUUUUGGGUUUUGUUUGGGGGGAUUUCGUUUGAGCUGUGACUCUCAACGUUUUUAAAGGCUUUUUUGAAAAACGUUUAGGUUUUCUUUAUUAUUUCCACAGAAAGUGCAGGAAUGUUGAGUGAGUUAAUGGGAUUUCAGUGAAAAGAGAAAUGCAGAACAAAACCCAUUAAACGCUGGUCAGUUGAACUGGAGAGUGGAUGACAAACUUGCUGCAAGCUGUAUAAUCUGCUUUUAGAGCAAGCUAUAUCAAUCGCAGUGCUAUGUUAUCAUUAUCAUCUGGGAUACAGUACUUCUGCCUUUGGAAUUCUGUAAUGGCUCUGUUUUUAUUUCCACAUAGCGAGAAGUUGUUUGCUGAAGGUUUCACUGUCCCUGGUUCAGCAAUCUAUGUGAAGAGAUGGAGCUGGCUGGCUUUUUAUGUUCUUGUUCUCCGAGACUGCAAUAAGGAGCUUUUACGUUUGAAAUGUACCAGAGUUGCAUUGAUGGUGAUUAACGAUUUGUUUUGCCAUAGCUGUUAACUCACUGGAAGAAAAUAGGAGCUUUGUUGUAGGAUGUCUGGCUUUUUGAAGGGUAUAAAUUUUAAAUGAGUCUGUCACUUAUGUUUUGAUGGUAAAUUUAUCACUGUUGGAUCCACGUUUGCUUUGGGCUUUAGAUCCUGAUGAAAGAUGCCACAAAGGGAACUGGUUUGGCAUUUUUUUAAAUAACCAUCAUCAUGAUUUCUGUGUUACUCUGGUUUUGUUUUCAGGUGACAUAUUUCAUUUGGUGUGAAAUUCACCCAUGUGCAACUGUUCUCCUCUAAGAUGCCAAGGCCUGCUUUGUGCAAGGGGCAACUUUUACCUCACGAGAACAUACUCUGCGUAGAUGGUAUCUGGCAGUGCCGUGAACUAAAUGACUUCAGAUCACUGAUUUUUCUCCAGGCAUUGGUCAAGGGAGGGCAGCAGAUGAGAAUAGGAAGCAAAUGUCUCACUAGUAGCAUCAGAGAACUUUUGCUGAUUUUGUUUGGUUGCCACUGUUCUUCAAUUGCCACAUUUAGUUCAAAACAAGCUCCUAAGAAACUGUGUGACUGGAAAGCACAUUUUGGAGCCCAGCGAACAUCAUCUGCAGUUUUCAGUGCCUGCCGUUUCCUUUGUAAUUUAAAAAGGGGAAGUAUCCCCACAACCUCACCUCCCCCCAGCUAUUACUGUACCAGGAAACAUCUACCAUUUUUGUAAAAAAAUGAAAAAAGUUUAAAAGAUAAAAAAAAAAAGCAAGUACCAAGAGCUUUGUAUCUUCUUGAGUAUAUGAGAAAUUUGACAUGAAUACAUAUAUAUAAAUAAAUAAAAAUCUAUAUAUCUAUAUAUAUAUAUUGUUGUGCAGAGGAUAGGUUAACAAAACCAGGUAAAGUAGUUUGCAGGAGAGGGAAGCAUUUGUUGAUUCAGGGAAAAAGACUGAUGCCAGAAGCUGUCAGUGAUUUGGAUGAUACGUGUGCUCCUUCGCACCCUCCCCCUUUGACCCUCAUCUUCCACGCACGCUGCAGUGGUCGCUUCUGGAUCCUGGGGAAGGUGAAGUUGCUCAGAGCAAGUUAAGAUAGCAAAGAUUUAUGUUAUCACCUGCAUGAGAGUUCCGUUGGGCCAAAGGCGCUCAGCAGAUUGAGGGAAGCAAAGAUACAUCUGUGAUUAUCUGCAUUGUGUCGGGGCAGUGUCUCUCUGUGUGUAGACAUAAAGUGUGGCAAUGAAACCAGAUACAUAGUCUGACUGUAUAUUCUAUCAAUGGUGCUCUUUUCAUACUUGUUCUUGCCAAUACGCGGAGACCCUUUUAACCAAGCUACACAGAAGAGUUUUAUAUCACUUUUGGUUAUGUACUUGGUGUAUUCUUUUUGUAUAUGAAAGGAUUUUUUUAAAAACGUUCAGUAAUUAGCAAUGGAACCUGCUUUGUAGCUGAUUAGAACAGUGUAAGAGAAGGGCCGUGCUGCCAGUCUGUCCCUGAUCUACUUCAUAUAUUUACCAAAGGAGUCUGAGCAAAAGUUCACCUAAAAUAAAGACCUGACUGUUGAAAGGAGUCUCUGCUAAGACUUUGUGGUUUUUAGUUGUUAUACAGAUAUUUCAAAGCCAGCAAGAGGUUAACAGAGAAAACUGCAGGAAGGGGGAAGUGAAGUGACAUGGGGCCAGUAAUGUCCAUGGCCUCUGAUCCCAGAUAACCCCAGUGCUGUCAGUGGAGCACCACAGGGACAGUCAAGAUCUGGAUUGGAAUUGACUUUGGUCUCUGUCAUUAGUGGGCUAAGAAGACCAAGGAGUGUUUGAGAAGCAAAUUCAGACCCUAUCCCACUUUCCUCCAAAAGUCCUUUCCAUAUUUAAACUGCAUCCUGUGAUCAGCAAACCUCCCUGUCAGCUCUGAUGGCACGGGCUGCCCAGGGUCGUCCUGACAAACUGUUCUGUUUUCCUGGGGGUAAGUGUUCCUGGCAGCCAGCAUAGUUCUGAGCUGACAACAUGGUUUAUUGCUACAGAAGAGCCAAGGAUGGUGUAUCAAGAAAUCAAGUACUGACUCCAUGAGCCAAGACUUCCCCUGGGAAUCACACAUCUUAGCCCUGCCCUUCCCAUGCCUUACACUAACCACCAAUUCCCAAGUAUGUAGCAAUAACCCAUCGUUUACAUUACUGUGGUGGUUUUUGUCUUCUCAACAAACUGUUGUUUGGACCUGGAGGAAAGAAAAUGGAUUGGAGGGUGACUUGCAUGUGAGACUAUUGCCUUGUAUUAUCAGCCCACCAGCUGAAGUCCAAAGCAAGAAACUUUGAACCAGGUCUGGUGAUGGAAUGUCCUUUGUGUCUACGGGCACAAGCUCACCUGUGGAACUUGCUAGUGGGAUGUGUGCCUGCCCUUACCUCUCCCCUCAUUAUUACAAGCGUGGGUGGCUGUUGGAGCUGUUCUGGGAUGUGGGUGGAUGAACCCAUAAUUGUUUUUUGGCAGCAGGGACUGUAUGUAAAGAAGGGCAAGUGGCAGUGUGUUUGACUAAAGCUGCAGUAGGGUCUGGAGUCUCCUGCUAAUAAGGCAGGCAGUGCUUUUUAGGGCUCAGGUGUGUGACUUUCACUUUUCCUAUUGGCUCCACUAUGAAAACUGGAGGGAAUCUGCCUGCAGAGGGCUGGGGUAGAAGAGAUUUCUACCCACAGAAGUUCUAGUGGGAGAGGUGGUUGUGGAAAGAAGCAAUGGUGUUGCAAGGCUCCUGCUAAAGAGGAGGAGGAAGUUUGUUGGCCCAGUGAAGGCUGAGAUAAUGUAGGGGAGAGGGAGACUUCUAAUGGCAAGUACUUACUGCAGAACUUUCUUCCCAGAGAGGCAACUUGCACAUCUCCCAAGCACCUUCACAAAGCUGUGGAGGUUUAAAAAAAAAGCACUGUGCAUCAAGACUCCUCUGGAGAAGCUUCAAGUUUGGCUGUUGAGUGUGUGAGCAACUGUACUUGUGCUUACAGCUUCCCAACUUAGUUGGUUGGUCUGCAGUCGGAGGAGAGAGGGAAGGCAAGGCUUCAGGAUGCUUUGUUUCUGUCGGAGUUGAGUAGUAAUUUAUCCAGAAGUGUGACUUUGACAACUCAAGAUGUGUCGCCAGCUUGAAAUGCUCCCCAGGGAACAGCUGAUCUUCGGUGUCUUCUGAGUAAAACACCCACCUAUCUGAGUUCAGCUCUGGUGUGCUCAGAAAUGCUGAUUCUGAAGGUGUCUGUAGCAGGAAAGCAGAUCUUGUCUCUGUUGCCAAGACAUCACAAAAGGGUCUGACUUGAGGACGAGGAACUGACUUGCUUUGUGACACAUCAAGAAAGCAGGGGUGGCAUGUUUGUAACUGCAGAUGAGUUUAAGUUCUUGCCAGCUCUGAGGAGUAGCUGUCAGUGAUGCUUUCUAGCUUUUAAGCUGGGCAAAGCUGUUUUCACUCUUAGAGUAGUUCCAUGAGAUUGAAGGUGGUGAGUUACCUCCUGUUACUUGCCUUAAAGCUGAGUGUAUAGGCUCAGCUACCUGUGAGAGGCACACAUCUUGUGGGAGUCAGCAAAGCCUCACAAGCCAAAUGGGCACAUGAGAGUAGUUGUAGUCUCUUCUGCUGACUGCCCACACAGUGAAAGCUAUAGUGUGCCAGUAGCUUGAGCCAGGAUUUCUGUGCUGUUGGGAUGGAGUUGUGCUCUCACAGUUGUCAAAGGUGUUUAUAUAGGCAUAGUUUCUCACCAAGUUUCUGCUUUGAUGGGGGGGUUUGUUGCCCCUGAAGUCUGGUGUUUCCUUAACUUUGACAGAGAAAUUCUCUGAUUUAUUGGUACAGUAACUAAUCUAGUGCAUUUAAGGGGAAGGUUUUCUGAACCUUUUUUUUUUCUGUCUUAAGUUUUACAUCAGGGUAGGAUGUUCUCAAGUCCAAGUUGAGGAGGAUAGUGCAGAUACUAUGGGGCCUGCCAAUCUGGUUCUUACUGUUCAGAACAACAAAAUAACUAGACUAAGAAGCUUACUGGUAAUUAGUAGCUAAUGUGUUUGUAACUAUCAUGUGCCUUAAAAUUUUCAUGGUAGGAGAAUAAAAAAGAAACAAAAAUCAACAAUGUGUUUUCUGUAAUACUGCUCAACAUUCUCUCUGUAGUUUAGACUGGUGGGAUUUUGCAUUGUAUUUACACUGUACUAUAAACUGAAACACUUAGAAUGGUUUGAUUUUACAAGUAUGGAGAGGAAAAAAAAAAACAGGUGGAUUAUGCUUUUCAUAGAACAAAUGUUACCGUGACAGAAUGUAUUAUUAUUAUAGGAUCUUUCCAUAAUGCAGACAAGUAGAAUGCUUGUUAGAAACCAGGUAUGUAGGAUAACAAUUUGGUGUGUUUUCAAUAAACCAUGCCUGGAAAGAA